GCUUCCUUGUCUCCAGAGUGAUGUCAGGUUGUGAUGAUGAAGUCCUGAAGAUGGAAAUGAGUCCACUGCUGGAGUCUCUCAUGGUGUCGGGUCAGCAUGUGCUUCUAGCCUCCCAGAAGCUCAGUAUAGAGCCACACGUCUCAGAACACAAAGAGGAGCUUAUAGAAGCCACUCAGAAUGUUCUUCUGGGGGUGGUGAAGAUCCUUUUGGUGGAGGACGAUGCAACUGUAAGAAAGAUCACUGCAGCUGCUCAGUGGCUCCUGGAAUGCCUGUCACAAGUAGGAGCUGCUACAGACAUCAGGUCAUUACUGAAGGCCUUCCAGGUUUACUCCAAGGCAAUGCUUCUGCUCAACAACCUCGUGGCAGAGAGGAUACAGGACCUGCGAGAUCACAGACAACAAGUGCAUGUGAAAGCUUCUAUGGAAUCUCUGAGAAAGUGCAUCUCCAUGCUCCACACUGCCAUGUACACAACCAUCAAACACCCAACCAGUGAGGAGGCACAAGAUGCGAAGAAAUACAUUCUCCAUCAAGUGGAUACGACUGUAAAUGAUAUCAUAAUCACGCUUAAGACCAACUGUGAAUACAUGUCAACAGGCUUGUGUGGAUAUUACACAGAGCGCCGCAACAGGUUAUUACGACUGCUGUCCAGCCCAGAUCCCACCACACUUAAAGACGGCGACUUUGAUGUAGUGCUGCGAGAUCUGGUGUUUCAUAGCAUGGCUGUUGGAAACUCGGCUCGGGGGGAAAUGCGGUCCUGUGUUACUGCAAACUGUAAAGUGGUCCUCCAGGUCUGGUCAGAGAUUUCCCAGCAGAAGACAAAAGAACAUCAAGAGAACUUGUUUAUGUCUCUGAUUAAACAAAUCCAGAGGCUUGAUGAUGCAGUAGUAAAAGCGACUCUGUUCCAGGUGAUGGACAUCUUUAUCAUCACCUCAGGUCCUUUAGAUAAACUUGUGAACAGUGCUCAUUAUAUGUUAGAAAGUGAGCAAGAUGGGGAUUUGGACCUGGAUCUUCUCCAGCCAUUAUGUAAUGCUUUCAUAGCUCAUGCUGACAGGAUGGUGGAAGUGGCAAACUUUGUUUCAGCUCUGGCCAUUGAUGAAAAAAGUCUUGAAAGUGUGGAGAACUCUAGGGCUUGCCUUAUGCGUCUAAAAGAAGGAGUCAACCCACUUCUGAUGGAGCUUGAGGGAGACUCAGUACAGUACCAGGGGGCUCUGCAUAAACUGAUAAAUGUUCACCAAAAAUGGGCUGAACAAACAGAGCAACUGCUGAAUGCCUUUAGUGACGUCAUUAAUGUAAAGGACUUCAUAGAUCUUGCUGUUCAGGAAAUGAAAUUUGACUUGGACAGCUGUACCGCCACAUGUAGACAGCAGGACUGCCAGUUACUGAGCCAACACGUAAGUGUUCUCAUUGGCAGGAUGAGUCAAGUGAUUCAGUUUGUGAGAAGACAUGUGGAUAAAAGUGAUGACCCAAUCUACCGUAAUGGUCUGCUUGUACUGGUUAGGCAAGCUGAAGGUUCUGCUGCUGAAGUGACUGGCUAUACAUCAGACGUUUUUAACUCAAUCCUUAAAGAUGAUGAAUUCUCCUUGUUGGUUGAAAGAGUAUCAGUGGCUGUGAAGAACUUUGAGGUGCUUUGUGAGGGCAUAGAUGGUCUACAGCACCCAAAUCUUCUUAGCCCUCUGCGGGAAGGGGCACGUCAGCCUGCCAUGAAUUCUAUAAUCUCUCCUGUUGCAGGUCCUCAGAAGUCAACAAAUGAAACCAAAGAAUUUGCAAAUUGUGCAAAGUUACUUCAUGGAGAUGAAAAGGAUGACCUUCCAGUGAAGCUUGAAGACGAACCUUCAAAGAAGGAAGAUCCUAUGAUACCGACUAAAGUACCUACUGCUAAAGUAGACAGAGAAGUGAGCAAUCCACCAUUGAUUGUAGACUCCAAACCUGUUCAAAAACCUUCUCAAAACUCUGACUUGUUGCCUCUUUUGUGUGAAGUUGUUCACAUGACCAGUGGUAAAGAUGUUGAAGCUUUGAACAAAGCCUGCACUGGUGUGGUGGAACUCUCCAGAUGCUACACCCAGGCAGCAAAAGACGCAGCCAUCUUUGCAGAUACUACUGAUAAUCUUAAAAUGGAAAGCCUUAGGUCUGAUCUAGUGGCUAUUACGCCUCUGCUCGUUCAGACAGCCCAGGAGACCGCCAUGAGCUCAGCCAAGAGCACAGAUAACGUCUUUAGACACAGCACUCAGUUUUCUGACCUCAUUAAAAACACACGCAAGAUUCUGCUGCCAGUGACUGGCAUGUGGUACCAUGCAAUCCAAGCUAUGAUGCUGCACAGCUUUACUCUAAGCAUGGUGCAAGACACCUGCAUACAGGAGCUCACUGAGAUCAUGUGUUUGUGUGCAGACACGGUUCAGCUUGUAACAUCAGCAGACAUCAAAGUAUUAGGUGAGGGAAACUGCGAAAGCAUUACGUCUUUACUAAAUAAGCUUCAGAAAGCUCAGACCAAUACAAAGAAUCUCACAGAUCUUAUUUCCUCAAACCCAAAGCAGUUUGAUGAGCUGGAUGGACCGUGCAUACUCUGGGCAUUAUCCAUCCAAGUCCUGCUAAACUCAUUGGACAGGGUUUUGGGAACAGGUGCAACUAAUGGCAGGGAAACACUUCAAAGUAGACAUCAGAUGACACCCAAAAAAUGGUUGGCAUCCAUUUCUGAAAACUCUCUUCGAAUCCAGGAAGCUGCAAGGCUGUCAUCCCUUAAUUGUAUAGAUAACUACACAGGUAAACUCCUAAAGGAACUAGAAGAUGGGGUGAACACACUAACCGAAGUAUACCUACAAAGUGCAGAAGAUCUUAGUACUGUAUCCUCACCAGGUGUGCUGAAUCUUGCGAAAGCAGAGUUCCUACAAAGACAACUUCAAGUUAAAAUGAUGGCACUUGCUUGUCUUUUGAGCAAAGUUAAUGAGGAAUAUGUAACAGCAAUCCAAAAUACAGUGUCCCUGGCCCUUUCAGUAAUAAAUAAGGAAGAUUUCAUGGAGGCAGAUUCAUUGGAGACUCGGACACAGUUUGAAGCCACUACAGAACUGCUCUUGGGGAGUGUUGAAACAGCCACGCAGUCUGUUCAGGACUGUUUUAACUUCAUCAGAAACCCACGAGAAAGGUCCAGUCUACGAUUUAUUAAUGAUCAUCUCCUGUUCCAGAUGUCUGAGAUAGUGAGCAGAGCGAGGUUAAUGGUAGAGACACGGACUGUCUUUGAUACCUUCAGCCUUGAUAUUCAGACCCAGUGCUGGUCAGCUAAAGCACGCUACCUUGUUGUAGAACUCUACAAAGUUGAUGGAAUUCUUCAUGUCACAAAAGAGCAGAUUAAGUUUGGGUUGCAAGGUAAAGUCAAGUCAAGCUGUGAUUUAAAGACUGAUGUAAAACUACAAUCACUCCAGAAGGAAAUUCAUCACAGUCAAGUCUUCAUCGAAAAAAUGAAUCCAGUAAAUGUAAUUCCUGUCAAGAAAGAAGAACCAAAAAUGAAGAGUGUUGGAAUGCCAGUAUUCAGCUCCAACGUGGAUCCAACUCUUACUUAUACGUCACUGUUCCUGAAGCAUGAGGCAGAAAGAUGGGAUGGACGUGGUAAUCACAUUGUCAAGGUGACCAAAGAAAUGGCUGAUAAAAUCUAUCAUAUGACACAGUACUUAAGGAGGAAAGGGCCAAUUCAGAGUAAAGACGACUUUGUGACAUCAGCUAAAGAUUUAAUCUUGAGCUGCCAGUCCAUCACAGAGUUUGUGAAGGUCAUAGCGGACCACUGUCUGGAUACACACUGCACUAAGGAGCUGUCCAUCAUAGGAGAGCAGAUCAUCACCAUCACCAACCAGCUGACUAUCAUCUCCAGGGGUGCAUGGUGUCUCUCCAGUGUCAAUGCAGUGACUCCUGGCUGUAAAUCUUCAGAUGAAAUCCUGGUGAAAAAUGCUCAGAACCUGCUGCAGACUGUAAUCCAGGGGGUAAGAGCUGCCGAGACUGCCUGUAUAAAGGGUUUGCGACAGCCUGAGCCGAACUCUGAAGCAGCGAAGGCAGCUUCCCUUUGCUUUCAGUGGAAAAAGACCCUCCUCAUCCACAGAGCGCAGGAGCAGCUGAAUCCUGAGACUGAUGAUCUCGGCCUCCGCAAGACUUCACUGCACCCCUCAGCUCCCAGCCUUGUGCCACGCAUCAGUGCGCUGCAGACACAAAAAUAACAGCUCCAGACUAGGGUUAGGUGGUAUCCAAAUUUUUCAUACCAUCAUACUGUGUAAAAAAAAAAAAUUACAGCAGUAUACAGAAUUAAAUUGGCAGGGAUUUACAUAAGUCAUGUGUUGCUAUAAUACCAUCAACUUCUGGGUUAUUUUUAAACUGAAAAAUUAUAAAAUACAGAGUUCAGGUUGUUUACAGACUAUGUGAACACUGCACACACAUUUAACUCAGUCAUACCACUGAUUACCACAGAUAAUCAGAGGACCUCACUUAGCCUAGCAUGAUAGCUAACAUUCUGUUCAUAUCUUCGGUUUUGAGAAGGUAAUGUAGCUUUGACUGCUAUACUAGCAAUUCUUCUUAUGAUAAACUAGCUACAAAGUGGGGGUGUAGGAAUAAACUACAAUAGUUCUGUGCAUCAGAUAAACAGACUGGUUUUGUGUACCAGUGACUGAGACUGAGCACAGAAAUUAACUUUUUUUUGUGGUGUUGGUUUCUGAAGCUAAGCUAGCCUCAAGUACAGAAACACAGAGUACCGGACAACUCAGUACAGCUGUUUUUGACAACUCUGAGUACUAAAAAUAAAAACUGGUGUCUCAGAAAGUGAAGUCUUAAUUAGUUAGAUAGCUAUAU